UAAUAAAAUGGCUGAUAACGAUGAAAUUUUAGACAGGGAAAUGCGUGAUAUUUCUUUUGCUGAUGAAGUUGAAGAAGAACAAGAAAGACGAUUAAUACGACACGAAUAUCGUCGCCUUCUUAAUGAAACACAAGAAAACCGAGAGGAAAUUAUUCAGUCUCAACCUGACUGUGGUUUAGAAAGUUGUCUGAUGCAAGCUGAAGCUCUUUUUCCAAAAGUAAAAAAACCACGAGAAGCAGUACUUGAUGCCAAGUUAGUGUCGGAGUGUGCUUCACUAAGCAAGCAAAAGGCAGAAGCUUUUCAUACUAACUUUACAGUUUUUCGACCUGUUGAGUUUGCAGAAAAACUGGCAACAUUUUUGGGUAAAUCAAGAGUGGAAGAUGAUGAUGAUGUUGAAUUUAAUAGAAAAACCCUAAGUAACCAUGAUGUUUCUAUACCCAAACACAGAUGGGUUACUUUUGGCAAAACAAUUAGUACAGUUUUCCACAAGACACCUUCCUUUCACUUUAUGUGUGGUAGUUUUGAACGUGGUCCCAUGGAAUAUAAGAAAGCCACUCGUAAUUCUCGAAGAGAUGAAAAGGAUGCCUCUUCUAGUGUUGUUGUUCCACAAAGUGUAACAGGUGUUGGAAAAUCUCAUCAGGAGACAACAACAGAAGAAGUAGAAAGGUUACUUGGUCUUUUGAAAAAAAUUCAUAUAAAAAACAAUAGGCAACCAGUUUGUUAUUUUAAGUUUGUCACCAACCCACAUUCAUUUGCUCAGACUGUAGAAAACAUGUUUCAUGUAUCAUUUUUAAUCAAGGAGGGAGCUGCAGUAUUAUCUUUGAAUGAAGACCAUCUUCCAGUCAUUGCACCAGUGGGAAAAAGGAAUGAAGAAAAAGAGGACAUGCAAAAAAUGUCACCAGGUUAUAAUGCCAAUUACAAUGCAAAACUGGAGGGAAAUUGUCAAGGCAUUCAACAUCACCAGGCCACUAAUUCCACCUCGAAAUGAGUCUGUGACUUAAAAAAAAAA